AUGAGAGAGUUAAGUCAUGAGGUGAAUGUUCGGUGUGGAUGUGUUUAUAAGACGACUCAUCUGAUUCCUUGUGCAUGUGAUAUACGUCGUUCCAUUGAUUCGGGGACAUACUUCUACUUAGACCAAGUGCACCACUUUUAUAGGACACUAGUGAUUGGUGAGGAUGGUUGUGUUCCGACUCCAUUGGAUGACCCCGAUCAUCAGUCACAGGACAGUCAAUUUUUUGAGAAUCCUGUGCGUGAGGUGAGUAGAAGUGACCCGGCAAUCAUGCGUUCUGUAUCUCGCCUAAUAGAUGAACAUCUCUAUUCCGAUCAAUUUGAUGUUAAUGAACCGCCUAGGAACACAACUACUAGAAGGAGACCACAAUCAAAUAGUACACGACGUAAUCAUAGUGCAUGGGAGUAUACACGUGGUACUCGUGGGCGUCGUGGUCGUAAUGGGGGACGCGGUGAUGGUGGUCGUAGUGGAGGUCGAGGAGCAAGAGACAUUUCAGAUUUUUCUUACCUUUAUGGGCUUCCCGAUAUCAUCAAACCAUUUGUGGAGGAUUGGAACAAUGUAAUGGGUGACGGAAAGUGUGGAUUUCAAUAUGUUGCAGACUUUUUCUUAGGUGGGCAAGACAAUUGGAUACAAGCUCGGUAUUUAAUUGUAAACGAGGUUAAGGCCAAUCGACCAGAGUACAUACAUUUGUAUCACGGAGGCUUGGAUCAAGCAAUUGAUCGUAUCACUUGGAAUGGUGGACAUUGUGGUGCGAACCAUUACAUGGGCUUGCCUGAUGAUUUGUACCCAAUUGCAAAUUUUUGGAAUUGUGCUGUUAUGGUUUACGGAGUUGGCCCACGAAGAGAGUUGUAUCCGUGUAUGAUAGUUCUACCAUUGCGAGCCAUGUCUACUGAUGAUCGACCUCGGAUUGAGAUUGACAUUGCACACAUUGGUCGCCAUUAUGUUCGACUUGAUCUAUCACUAAACUAUCUAGUACCUCCUAUUGUUGAUCCAUGGUUUAUGUAUAGAGAUCAAAGUGUGAUUGGUUGGGAGCAACUUUAUCAAGAAUGGAGGGCACAUUGGGAUCAACUAAUAGUAGCAUCUACUUCAUCAUCUUAG